UCUGCGCAGGCGCUAACCAGGAAAGGAAGGUUUCGGGUAGAUGUUGGUUAAGAAGAAAGCUGGGAAAGUGAAGGAGAGGGGGAAGAAAAGAAGUGAAAAGACUUUGGCUGUUAGAAUCUCAGAUCUGGAAUAGGCUGUAUAUAGGCUGUUUAUAAUCUCUAGUUGCCGAGGAACCUGAAGUUCAGAGUUAACCAGUGACUGACUCAGGACAUGCAAAAUGGCAAGACCCGAGGUAGAAGAGCUUACCUUUCCUGACUCUCAGUUUCCUGUUCCCUGAAAAUGUCAGCUAAGCUGGCAGCCCUGGGACCCUUGCGCCUGCUGUUCGCAUUUCCCGGAAUGCACACUCAGGUGUCUGCACCAGCUCAAGUCUCUGCUCAAAAGUGACCUCUUCGGAUAAAACUUCUCUGACCAUCCUAUCCAACAUGAUGUCAGAUAAGGUUGACUGGUUACAAAGCCAAAAUGGAGUAUGCAAAGUUGAUGUCUAUUCUGGAGACAACCGAGCCCAGGACUGGAAAAUGGACACCUCCACGGAUCCUGUCAGAGUGCUCAGCUGGCUCCGCAGAGACCUGGAGAAAAGUACAGCAGAGUUCCAAGAUGUUAGGUUCAAACCUGGAGAAUCAUUUGCUGGGGAAACGUCCAACUCAGGAGACCCACACAAAGGUUUCUCUGUAGACUAUUACAACACCACCACCAAGGGCACUCUAGAAAGAUUGCAUUUUGAGAUGACUCACAAAGAGAAUCCUUGCCAGGGCCCCAGGGCCCAACUUGGCAAUGGGAGUUCAGUAGAUGAAGUUUCCUUCUAUGCUCACCGCCUCACGAAUCUAGUCAUAGCCAUGGCCCGCAAAGAGAUCAAUGAGAAGAUUGAUGGUUCUGAAAACAAAUGUGUCUAUCAGUCAUUGUACAUGGGGAAUGAACCCACACCCACCAAAAGCCUCAGUAAGAUAGCAUCAGAGCUUGUGAAUGAGACCGUCUCUGCAUGUUCCAGGAAUGCUGCCCCGGACAAGGCUCCUGGCUCUGGAGACAGAGUCUCAGGAUCAUCACAAAGUCCCCCAAAUUUGAAGCACAAGUCCACUUUGAAGAUCAAGAAGAGCACCAAAGAAAGACAGAGUCCAGAUGACAAGCCUGCUUCUAAGAAGUCUUUCUUCUAUAAGGAAGUGUUUGAAUCUCGUAAUGGAGAUUAUGCCAGAGAGGGUGGAAGGUUCUUUCCUCAGGACAGAAAGAGGUUUCAAGGGCAGGAAAGGCCUGAUGACUUUACGGCUUCUAUUAGUGAAGGGAUCAUGACCUAUGCUAACAGUGUGGUGUCUGAUAUGAUGGUCUCCAUCAUGAAGACACUGAAGAUCCAAGUGAAAGACACAACUAUUGCCACCAUCCUACUGAAGAAAGUUCUGCUCAAGCAUGCAAAAGAGGUGGUCUCGGAUCUCAUCGACUCCUUCAUGAGGAACCUCCACAGCGUCACAGGGACCCUCAUGACUGACACACAGUUUGUCUCGGCUGUGAAAAGAACUGUCUUCUCUCAUGGAAGCCAAAAGGCCACAGAUAUCAUGGAUGCCAUGCUAAGGAAGCUGUACAAUGUAAUGUUUGCCAAGAAAGUACCUGAGCAUGUCGGGAAAGCUCAAGACAAGGCUGAGAGUUAUUCCCUCAUCUCCAUGAAAGGAAUGAGUGAUCCUAAAAAUCGAAAUGUGAACUUUGCCAUGAAAUCUGAAACUAAAUUGAGAGAAAAAAUGUAUUCUGAACCCAAGUCAGAGGAGGAGACUUGUGCCAAAACUCUGGGUGAGCACAUUAUCAAAGAGGGGCUUACCUUGUGGCACAAAAGUCAGCAGAAAGAAUGUAAAUCUCUAGGUUUCCAGCAUGCAGCAUUUGAAGCUCCCAACACACAGUGUAAGCCUGCAUCAGACAUUUCCUUUGAGUACCCUGAAGAUAUUGGCAACCUCGGCCCUCCUCCAUAUCCCCCAGAGAAACCUGAGAAUUUUAUGUAUGAUUCAGACUCCUGGGCCAAGGACCUGAUCGUGUCUGCCCUACUUCUGAUUCAAUAUCACCUGGCCCAGGGAGGAAGAAGGGAUGCACAGAGCUUCGUUGAAGCUGCUGGUACCACCAACUUUCCUGCCAAUGAGCCUCCUGUAGUUCCUGAUGAAUCCUGCCUUAAGUCUGCUCCCAUUGUAGGUGACCAAGAACAAGCAGAAAAGAAGGACCUCAGGAGUGUUUUCUUCAAUUUCAUCCGGAACUUACUUAGUGAGACCAUUUUCAAGCAUGACCAGAGCCCUGAACCCAAGGUGCCAGAACAGCCAGUUAAGGAAGAUAGGAAGUUGUGUGAAAGACCAUUAGCCUCUUCUCCCCCCAGACUAUAUGAAGAUGAUGAGACCCCUGGUGCCCUUUCUGGGCUGACCAAGAUGGUUGUCAACCAGAUAGAUGGCCACAUGAGUGGGCAGAUGGUAGAACAUCUGAUGAACUCAGUGAUGAAGCUGUGUGUCAUCAUUGCUAAGUCCUGUGAUUCUUCGUUGGCAGAGCUGGGAGAUGACAAGUUGGGAGAUGACAAGUCUGGAGAUGCCAGUAGGCUAACUUUGGCCUUCCCAGAUAGUUUAUAUGAGUGUUUGCCAGUCAAGGGCACAGGGUCAGCAGAAGCUCUCCUGCAGAAUGCCUAUCAAGCUAUCCAUAAUGAAAUGAGAGGUAUAUCAGGACAGCCCCCUGAAGGGUGUGCAGCACCCAAGGUGAUUGUCAGCAAUCACAACCUAACGGAUACAGUUCAGAACAAGCAGCUCCAAGCCGUCCUUCAAUGGGUAGCUGCCUCUGAGCUCAAUGUCCCUAUUUUGUACUUUGCUGGUGAUGAUGAAGGGAUCCAGGAGAAGCUACUUCAGCUCUCAGCUGCUGCUGUGGACAAAGGAUGCAGCGUGGGCGAGGUUCUGCAGUCAGUGCUGCGCUAUGAGAAGGAGCGCCAGCUGAACGAGGCGGUGGGGAAUGUCACACCGCUGCAGCUGCUGGACUGGCUGAUGGUGAACCUGUGAUUGGCAACCCCACUGCUUUCCCCUCUUCUGGCAGUGGGGCUGGCCCUUAUCCCCGCCCUUCUUUCUCACUUCCACAUCUCCCCCUCUAUAUCCUCACAGAGCCCUAACAUUAUCUUCAUACCACUCUCAUCAAAGACAUGUCACCUUAUGCUAGUCACUGGAUUUUGCAAUUUUCCUGUCCAUGCGAGCAAGGACGUAAAAUUAAAAAAUUACAAUUAAAGGGCUCCACAUGUUUUGUUUCCUUGGGACAAUCAGGUAAAGAAAUCCCAGGAGUGAAAAAAAUAACCAGAUGAAUGGCAGAGGUAAAACAGAGCUGUACUGAGAGGCCCUGCUGAAGGUCACUCAGCCUGUCCGCUGUCUGUGUCACAAUUUGCAGCUUCCUUAUUUAAACUAUGCUCUUAAAGUAAGCCACAGUUUAUCAAGAAUUCAUUUUAACCUUUUAUAACCAUGAAAAUCAGAAGAUACUUUCGAAUAUUCAAUCAAAAUCAUCCUGAUUACAAUGUUGAAGACUUGGCUUCUUAGUCUCUGUAGAGCUGCAGAACAGUGUCCACCUCCAACUUCAUCCAUGGUUGAAGAUCGUGUCAAGAAUGUUCCCAAGGAUCUGAGUUCUAUUGCUGGUUUUGUGGCUUUCUGGCUAUAGAAACUGCGGUAAGUUCCCUGUUCUAACACUGCUCUGACUUAAUGUCCAUAUCACCCCACUUAAGAAAUAUUUUCUAUUCUUAGCCUGGAUUUUCUGUGGAAUUUUCUAUUCUUGACUCCCCUUUCCUUUUAGAAACUUCUCCAUUGGCUUCUAAUUUUCUUUCUGUAUCUCUGGGUCUCUUGGGGGACCUCCUCAACUCUGGCAACUCCUUAUAUAUUUGUCUUUCCUGGGACUUUCUCUCAACCCUCUGCUAUUCUAACUCAAGAUUUUUCCUGGGAGAUUACGUCCAAAUCCAUUGCUUCAAUGACCUGGUGUCCCCCUUCAUAAAAUAUUAUGCAACAAUUAAAAUGAAAACUGUAUUGGGGGGAGGUUAUUCCAAAUGGCAAGUAAAAAAGAAAACUAUUUUUAUAUAUUCUAUGUUGUUUCUGAUGUUAUGAUCUUAAGUUUCAUGUAAAAUUCUAUCUGUCCUAUGACAACCACAUAAAAAUUAUGUAUUUGUGUAGAUGAGGAUUAGAAAGGGAAGUAAAAAGACAUACUUAGAUUUGGCGUAUGGUAGAUGAGUGAACAUGUCCUGCUUGUUUACCUAGCUUCCCUUCCUUUGGGAAACCUUCCAUCCCUUGCUCUAGUCUAUAGAAGCAUCAGUCACAGUGCCUUCACCACCACUGUGGGCUUGGGGCCCAGACUGGCCAAGCAUCCCAGUCUCCCAGUCACAAUUUCUGUGUCACAAUCAUUUUGGAGACUCCCUGUUAGCAAGGAAGCCUGUAUCUUUUGACUGGAUGUUGGUGGUUAACUUCUGAGCAGGGCCUGUCAUCAGGAUGAAGUUAACCAUAGCGAGAAGCAAGGCUAAUAGAUGAAGAGGGAGUCUGAGCCCUACAACCUCAUUUGAAUUCCUGGAUCCUGCUGUGCCUGAAACUACAUCUACCCUUUCUGAUUCCCCACUUACGUAAGUCAAUAAAUGUCUUCCGUUGUUUAAACUGC